AUGGACGAUUUACCUUCAGAGCUCGUGGUGAAAAUCCUGAACCGGCUCAACGAUUCCGCAGACCUAGCUCGAUCCCGCGUCGCGUCCAAGCGAUUCAACUCCCUUUGGCGAGAAGUCCAAACCGUGAAUCUCCUAUGCACGUUGUCACGGUACUCCAAAUCGCGCUCGACCUCCGUCACGCCGUUCAAGACGGUCUUCAGGAAUCUGAUCGAAGAUUCUCGCAACGUUAGGGUCAUAUCGGUUGGGGUUGAUAAGGCGCUCAGCGGGAUGUCGUUCGACGACUUGGUCGAAGACGAUUCCGACGAAUUGUACCUUACCGAUGUCGAAUUCGUGCGGGUGUGGCUGCCUAGGGUUCGUGAUGAGCUGGAGAUGUUGUCGAUUUCGGAUUUUUGGAUUCAGUCUUGCUGGAGAAGGUCGGAUGUUUUGGCGCUCGUUUCUUCGAAUUGUAGUAAGUUAGUCAAACUAGAGGUGAAGAAUGCUUGGCUCUCAGUGGUUGGUCUAACUCAGAUGCCUAACCUCAGACAUUUGACACUGGAGUUUAUUAGACUCGACGAUGAGAAUCUAGAGAAGGUCAGUGAUUGUUUCCCUUUUCUUCAAGUGCUGAAUUUGAUUGGUGUUGGAGGACUUAAGGAGCCGAAGAUCCAUUUUCUGCACCUAAGGAGUUGUCAUUGGACAGUGUCGAAUGCACCGCUUUCCUUGGCUAUUAUGGCACCAAACCUCCUUGAACUCAGGCUGAAAUGCAACAAACCCAAGUCUCUCGUCUUGGAUACACCCAAGUUGGUGAAGUUCUAUCUUUCUGUAGAGGACGCUGAAGGUGUUAGUUUCUCUGAGCUUGGAGAAUUGGAUACGUUAGAGGUUAUAUCUCCUGACGUGUACAGGCUAAUCACAAACACUCGUUUUGGCAACAAGAUCAGAAAGCUUGCAGUGGAUUCAGUCAAGUCGAUAGAAGAUUCUGAUAGGCUGAAAUUUGGAUUGGGAACACUCCUCGAAGCAUUCCCUAGCAUCGCUUCUCUUACAUUGAGCCAUGUGACUUGGUCAAACAUCAAAACCCAUUUCCAAAGCGAAGGUGUAGUACAUAUUAAGGGAACAGAUACUGCCCUGAAGCAGAUAACAGCACGUGUUCAGACGUCAGAUUAUACCGACGUUUCUUUCAUUAGGUCUAUACUCAAUAGCUGCAGAGGUUUGACAGAUAUGAGACUGAUGAUGCAUCAGGACACAAAUCCUGGAGCAAGAGAUUUGCUGAUCUCUGCAUGCACGAUUAGUAACCCAAGAGUGAGAUGGAGCUGGGGAACGUGGGCUGAAGGAGGUGAAGACAUUUGGGUCUCCAGUGGCACCUAAAGCAUAACGUCAAGUCAGAAAUGUAGAUUGCCCUGUAUAUUCUUGUUGUGAUGAGGGUGAUGGUAUUGAUAACCAAGAAUCCAGUUUGAUGUGUCGUGUGUUCCAGAUGUUGUGGUGAAGCUUGUCAGGGUUUCAUACAGAGUUUGUAUAGAUAGUAAGUGACCAUGUAAUAACUAUAGCUUUGCUGUAUAUAGUUGUGUUGUUGUUUGUUAAUUUUCA